AGAUUCCCGGAAUAAAUCACUUAGUCGCGGAGGGGUGAAGCCGUACUCGGCAUUUAAUGAGUAACACAAAGGAAAAUAACUCAUGUAACACGACUAUAGGGUCUCCGUGAGCCUCUACGUAGCGCGCUGGUUCGGCCGUCCUCUCCAGGUCGCUGUCGCUCGUGUUCUCCCCCCGUUUGCAGCAUGCCGGCUCCUUAUACCGUGGCUUCCUGGUCUCGUCCUCCCGGCCAGCUGUUCGUACUCUCGUUCAUUAGCGGCACCUACGGGAGGCUCUUUGUCGCCGAUUAGUGGAUGGCGGCGGUAUAUGCCGUCUAACACAAACCCUCGGGCCCGGCCGGGCCGAGGUUUAAGGGGCGGGAUGCCACAGUGUGUGUGUGUGUGUGUGUGUGUGAGACGGUUGUCCAUCUCAGAGCUCAGCAGUGAUACAUCAUGACUCCAUCAUUACUCUUAGUAACAGCUGUGUGUGUGUGUGUGUGUGUGUGUGUGUGUGUGUGUGUGUGUGUGUGUGUGUGUGUGUGUGUGUGUGUGUGUGUGUGUGUGUGUGUGUGUGUGUGUUGAAGCCCAGAGCAGCAGGAGAGAGCUGACUCCCCUGGACCCAGCUGUGUCUCCAUGAAGAGUGACCGCUCUAUGAAUCCACCUGUUACCUUUAAAGAUGGACGCCCCUCCAGAGAGGAGAGCCCAGAGCAGCAGGAGAGAGCAGACUCCCCUGGACCCAGCUGUGUCUCCAUGAAGAGUGACUGGUCUAUGGAUAGACCUGUUACCUUUAAAGAUGGAUGCCCCUCCAGAGAGGAGAGCCCAGAGCAGCAGCAGAGAGCAGACUCCCCUGGACCCAGCUGUGUCUCCAUGAAGAGUGACCACUCUAUGAAUCCACCUGUUACCUUUAAAGAUGGACGCCCCUCCAGAGAGGAGAGGCCAGAGCAGCAGCAGAGAGCAGACUCCCCUGGACCCAGCUGUGUCUCCAGGAAGAGUGACUGGUUUAUGGAAAGAAUGAACUGUUUUGAACCAAAAGUCCAGCAGCAGAGAGCAGACUCCCCUGGACCCAGCUGUGUCUCCAUGAAGAGUGACCGCUCUAUGAAUAUACCUCCUAAAGAUGGAAAUCAGUCUAUUGAGAAGAGAAGAGUCCGGCAGCAGAGAGCCGACUCCCCUGGACCCAGCUGUGUCUCUAUGAAGAGUGACCACUCUAUAAAUCAUCCUCCUCUCUUUAAAGAUGGACGCCCCUCCAGAGAGGAGAGUAAACCCCACCAGAGGUCAAAGGUUACCAGUGCUCAGUCUGUACAGCAGCAUCAAACAGUGCUGAUCAAGAGGGCUGAGGAGAACGCACACGCUUUCCUAGACAAGGAGAUGAAGAAGCUCUGGAGGGAUCUCUUCUCAGAUUACCCACAAUGCUCAGAGGGUCAGAGGGAGGAGGAGGAGGUGGAUGGUAAGAACGAGGAGCGGAGGAGGCGUGCCAUACAGGGAGUGGUGGACAUCACAAAUCUCUGCCUGAUGGAGAUGAACCACGAGGAACUGGCUGACAAACUGUGGGGCGGAUCUGCUACUGUUGAGUGCCAACAUAAAAUCAAGUCUCAUUUGAAGAAGAAGUUAAAGUGUGUGUCUGAGGGAAUCGCUAAAGCAGGAAAUCAAACGGGUCUGAAUGACUUCUACACAGAGCUCUUUAUCACAGAGAGAGGCAGUGGAGAGGUCAACAAAGAACAUGAGGUCAGACUGAUUGAAACAGCUUCCAGGAAAUCAGUCAAGGAGGAAACACCAAUAAAAUGUGAAGACAUCUUAAAACCCUUACCUGGACGAGAUCAACCAAUCAGAACAAUAAUGACAACUGGAGUGGCCGGCAUUGGAAAAACCAUCGUAACGCAAAAGUUCACUCUGGACUGGGCUGAAGGGAAAGCCAACCAUGACAUACACUUCACAUUUCUCUUAACUUUCAGGGAGCUGAAUUUACUGAAAGAGAAAGAGUUUAGCUUGGUGGAACUUCUUCAUCACUUCUUUAUUGUGACCAAAGAAGCAGGAAUCUGCAGAUAUGAACGGUUCAAAGUUGUCUUCAUCUUGGAUGGUCUGGAUGAGUGUCGACUUCCUCUGGACUUCCAGAACAACCAGACCUGGACUGAUGUCACCGAGCCGACCUCAGUGGACGUGCUGCUGACAAACCUCAUCAGGGGCGACCUGCUUCCCUCCGCUCGCAUCUGGAUAACCACACGCCCUGCGGCAGCCAAUCGGAUCCCUGCUGAGUGUGUUGACAUGGUGACAGAGGUGAGGGGGUUCACUGACCCACAGAAGGAGGAGUACUUCAGGAAGAGAUUCAGAGAGGAGACGCUGGCCAACACAAUCAUCUCCCACGUCAAGAAAUCACGAAGCCUCCACAUCAUGUGUCACAUCCCAGUCUUCUGUUGGAUCACUGCUACAGUUCUGGAGGACAUCUUAAAAUCCCAGAUAGAAGAGAUGCCCAAGACCGUGACUCAGAUGUACAGCUACUUCCUUUGGGUUCAGUCGAUACAGGGGGACAGGAAGUAUCAUGGGAGAGCUGAAACAGAUCCAUACUGGGGUCCAGAGAGCAGGAAGAUUAUUGUUUCUUUGGGAAAACUGGCUUUUAACCAGCUGGAGAAAGGCAACCUGAUCUUUUACGAGGCAGACCUGGCAGAGUGUCACAUCGAUAUCAAAGAAGCCUCAGUGUACUCAGGAGUGUUCACCCAGAUCUUUAAAGAGGAGUGUGGGAUGUACCAGGACAAGGUGUUCUGCUUUGUCCAUCUGAGCCUCCAGGAGUUUCUGGCUGCCCUUUAUGUCUUUCUGUCCUUCAUCAACGAUGGUGUCAAUCUGCUCUCAGAAGAACCACCCACCUCCGUGGAAGAUAAACUCCUCCUCCUCUACCAGAGGGCUGUGGACAAGGCCUUACAGAGUGAGAACGGACAACUGGACUUGUUCCUCCGCUUCCUCCUGGGCCUCUCUCUGGAGACCAAUCAGAUUGUCCUACGAGGUCUGCUGGGACGGACAGGAACUAGCUCACUGACCAAUACAAAAACAGUGUCUUACAUCAAGAAGAAGAUAGAUGGAGAUCUCUCUCCAGAGAGAAGCAUCAAUCUGUUCCACUGUCUGAAUGAGCUGAACGACCGUUCUCUAGUGAAGGAGAUCAAACAGUACCUGACAUCAGGAAGUAUCUCCGGAAGAUCUCUCUUUCCUACUCAACUGUCAGCUCUGGCCUUCAUCCUACUGACAUCAGAAGAGGAGCUGGACGUGUUUGACCUGAAGAAAUACUCUGCUUCAGAGGAGGGUCUUCUGAGGCUGCUGCCAGUGGUCAAAGCCUCCAAAACAUCUCUGCUCAAUGGCUGUCAUCUGUCAGAGAGAUGCUGUGAAGCUCUGGCCUCAGUUCUCAGCUCCAACUCCUGUUGUCUGAGAGAGCUGGACCUGAGUACCAAUGAUCUGCAGGAUUCAGGAGUGAAGCUGCUUUCUGCUGGACUGGGGAGUCCACACUGUACACUGGAAACUCUCAGGCUGAAAAGCUGUCAUCUGUCAGAGGAAUGCUGUGAAGCUCUGGCCUCAGUUCUCAGCUCCAACUCCUCUAGUCUGAAAGAGCUGGACCUGAGUACCAAUGAUCUGCAGGAUUCAGGAGUGAAGCUGCUCUCUGCUGGACUGGGGAGUCCACACUGUACACUGGAAACUCUCAGGCUCAAUGGCUGUCAUCUGUCAGAGGAAUGCUGUGAAGCUCUGGCCUCAGUUCUCAGCUCCAACUCCUCUAGUCUGAAAGAGCUGGACCUGAGUACCAAUGAUCUGCAGGAUUCAGGAGUGAAGCUGCUCUCUGCAGGACUGGGGAGUCCACACUGUACACUGGAAACUCUCAGGCUCAAUGGCUGUCAUCUGUCAGAGGAAUGCUGUGAAGCUCUGGCCUCAGUUCUCAGCUCCAACUCCUCUAGUCUGAAAGAGCUGGACCUGAGUACCAAUGAUCUGCAGGAUUCAGGAGUGAAGCUGCUCUCUGCUGGACUGGGGAGUCCACACUGUACACUGGAAACUCUCAGCUUGUCUGGCUGCCUGGUCACACAGGAAGGCUGUGCUUAUCUGGCCUCAGCUCUGAGCUCCAACCCCUCCCAUCUGAGAGUGCUGGACUUGAGCUACAAUCACCCAGGGGACUCUGGAGCUGCGCUGCUCUCUGCUGGACUGGAGGAUCCACUCUGGAGACUGGACACUCUCAGUGUGGAGCACGGUGGAGUGUGGAGGCUGAAACCAGCUCUAAAGAAGUAUGCCUGUGACCUCACACUGGACCCCAACACGGCCAACGGACGACUCUCUCUGUCUGAGGACAACAGGAAGGUGACGUGGGUUAGAGAGUACCAGUCGUAUCCGGAUCACCCAGACAGAUUUGACUCCUGGGUCCAGGUGUUGGGUAGAAAGGCUCUGACUGGCCGCUGUUACUGGGAGGUAGAGUGGGAAGGACGGGUUGGUAUAGGAGUGACAUACAGAGGAAUCACAAGGAGAGGAGAGGGUGAUGACUGCAGGCUUGGAGGGAACAACAAGUCCUGGAGUCUUCUUUGUUAUGAUGGUCGUUACACUGUCUGGUACAACGGUACACAGACAGUCCUCCCUCUCCUCCCCGCUGGCUCCACCAGAGUAGGAGUGUAUCUGGACCGGCCUGCUGGCUCUCUGUCCUUCUACAGAGUGUCCCCAGGUGGAGGAGGGUCCUCAGACACACUGACACACAUCCACACCUUCUGGUCCUCCUUCACCCAGGAGGACCUCCUCCCGGGGGUGAGGGUAGCGGGGUGGGGGGGGUCAGCCUCUCUGUGUCGGUUCACACCACGAAGAUCCUGAAAGUUACUCCAUUGGAGAAGAAAGUCUUUGCUGUAUGUUAUGCGCUCCGGUUUAGUGAACCCGUUUAGAGCUUCCGCGAGAUGGAUCACUGUCCACAGAAGGAACAAGACGAUUAACUCCAUGAUUUGAUGCUUAUCUGGUCAACUCAAUAAAAUAUAUUAAAAGUCAAUUUAUAAGAUGAUUUGUUGGCCAAUUAAAUACUGUGCAUAAAAGGUGCAUAAAAACACAAAUCACAAAAACAAACAAACAGUGUUUUCGAACAGACGUGACUUGCUGCCGGUCGCUGCAUGAGCAUGCGCCCAAUGUUUAGGGCUAGUUAUUAGUCAACCGACUAACCUAGCUGCUGGUCAGCGUCAAAUCCGCCGACAGGAUGAAGGAGAGGGAGAGAGACAUUGAGUAGCCCAAAAACAGCAGCGGUGGAGCACAGGCAACCAGCUUC